AUGGGAGAUAGGCCCAGUGUAUCGCCAGGAAAACCUAAAGAACCGGAUCAAGUAGAAGGACAUACUUUCAAGAAGUUUUUCAACAAGAUCAGUGGGAAUCCUAACUCGUACGUCAACAAAGUGGAUUACGUAUUUGGUCGCACUUUGGGAGCAGGUGCAUUCGGAGUAGUCAGACAAGCCAGAAAAGUCUCCACCGGUGAAAAUGUAGCGGUUAAGAUCCUUUUGAAAAAGGCACUCACGGGAAAUGACGUCCAAAUGCAAAUGCUGUACGAUGAACUUUCGAUUUUGCAAAAACUGGACCAUCCAAAUAUCGUCAAGUUCAGAGAUUGGUUCGAGUCUAAAGAUAAGUUUUACAUUGUGAUUCAGCUCGCCACGGGUGGUGAACUAUUUGAUCGAAUCUUACAAAAGGGUAAAUUUACGGAAAGCGAUGCUGCUACCAUCGUUUACCAAAUUUUGAAAGCCGUGGAAUACUUACAUUCUCGCAACAUUGUACAUCGUGAUUUGAAGCCCGAAAACCUACUGUAUCUGACGAAAGAAGCAGAUUCACCGCUGGUGUUGAGUGAUUUCGGAAUCGCCAGAGAACUUAACAGUGACGACGAGCUGAUACGCAAGGCUGCAGGCUCCAUGGGGUAUGUUGCGCCCGAAGUGCUUACUACGGAGGGCCACGGUAAACCCUGCGAUGUCUGGUCAUUAGGGGUCGUCACAUAUACUUUAUUGUGUGGAUACUCACCAUUUGUGGCGGAAAGUGUUGAAGGAUUUCUGGAGGAAUGCACCAGCGGGAGAUAUCCGGUAACUUUCCAUAAGCCAUACUGGUCAAGUAUAUCUGAGGAAGCCCAGGAUUUCAUCCUUCAGGCUCUGACCGUUGACCCUUUGAGAAGACCAACGGCUGUGAAGCUGUUAGAGCACCCAUGGAUCGCUGGGAAGACUACGAAGACUGAUAAUCUGUUGCCUGUUAUCAAGAAGGAGUUCAAUGCUCGGAGGAAGUUCCGUGAAGCUGUUGAGAUUGUUAAACUAAACAAUAGAAUCAAAAAGCUCAAACAGUUGUACUCCACUGGUGAAGAGGACUUGGAUAUUGAGGAAAACUCCGCGUCUAACGUUCUACAUGCCUCCAUGGCCAAAUUGGCACUUGAUGGUGGCAAUGUUGGUCAAGACAAAGAAGAUUCGCAACGUUUAAAGUCAACUUUGACGCAGGAUGCGUUUGCUCAAAUUGUUAAGGCGGCAACACAAAAUAAAGACCGCAUAAGGAAUUACAAGGAGGAUGGCUUGAACGAAGAGAUCUCUGAUCAAAGCGAACUGUAG